AUGGAUGCCGAAGAAACGCUCCAGCAGCGCCGAAGGCGGCUCGCACAGGUUUCCCGAGCGUGCGAAGCAUGUAGGAUGCGCAAGAUUCGUUGUGAUCGUUCAAACCCUUGUUCAAACUGCCGCACCGCUGGUCUUGCAUGCCAAGUUGUCAAUUCUAGAACAGACAGCGGCCCUAAACGGGACAGAAUAGCCCAGCUGGAGGAGCGCGUCAAGUACCUGCAUGAUCGUCUCUUUUCAGCUCAAACCCAGCUGAACAAUACCAACACCACGCCUGACUUGCGGAAUCCCUCUUCCAACACACCCACUAGAAACGACCAACACGGACCAUUCGUGGUAGAUGACACUCAUGUGUACGAGGGCAGCUCAUCCUUUCGCAAUCAAGCUGUUCAGGCUAGCGACAUCUCUCAAUCCAAGGUUGUUGCUAGUGGCGUCUACACUCAACACAACAUGGAUUGCCUAACUAGGCAAUUAAGCAAUCUUCUGCAGCCCUCAGACUUGCGUGCUUCAGCAGAGGAUUAUCAAUUUUCUGGAAGUGCCACAUCUAACAACCAACCAGCAAUGGACCUUCUUCCAUCAGGGCUGGUCGUCUCCAUUCUUCAACAAAUACGGGUCAACCGACCAAUUUUUCUUUGCUCAUUCAUCAUAAGUGAUCCAUCCUUACUCGAGACUCUCUGUCGACAAGCAUAUUACACUACAGCACCUGUUUCACUUGGUCAAGCUACGGCAAUGUACGGGAUUUUGCAUUGCUUGCUCAAAGAAUUCAUUUUCCUUGAGAAUCCUCUAGGCCAAGAGUACGACCUGAAAGCACACGUAUCCACCUGCGAGAAAAAUUUCAACCGAGGGAUUCAGACAUACCAAAUUCUAGCUAUCCCUUGCUUUGAAAAUGUACUCAGCUUGGCCUUGGGGAUUGCCAAAGCUCAAGAAGAAGGAAAGCCAUUUUUAUGCUGUACACUCCUGGCAGCCGCAGCGAGCCAUUGUCGAAUGCUCGGCUAUUGCCAGGAAACGACAUAUGGGAAGUAUCAAUCUCGUAGAGCCGAUCAAAUGCGCCGUGUGUUCUGGUAUAUCUACACUGUCGACAAAAAUAUUUCCCUCCUCCAGGGCCGCCCCCCGUACCUCCAAGACUCCGAAGUGGAUGCUUGGAAUCCUAGAAGCUCUCCAGACUCUGAUGUCAGGCCUUGGGACCAACUCUUGAUCAUGGCCAUCAAAUUUGCCAAGCUCCAGGGCCGAGUUUAUGACCAGCUUUACUCGGCCGCAGCACGAAAUGCUCAGCCGGUUCAACAAGCUGAAACGAUCAAGCUGUUUUCGGCCAAGUUGCAAUCCUGGUAUGCCGAGCUCUGCGAGAUUGACUCAACUCAGAUGAAGCAACCCCAAGUGUUUGAACUUUCACAAAAGAGCUGGGACAUCAUGUACCAUUCCACAAUGACCUUGAUCCUGAUUAAAGCACCGACUACAGAGGAAGAAGCUGGCGUUAGUCAAGCGUGUCUUCAGGCAGCCCGAGCUGGUUUGCGAUGCCACCUUACAUGCUUCUCUAGUUAUCAAACAGCCGACAGCCCUGGACUGGUAUCAGAGGGUGAAUAUGCAAGUUGGGUUCUUCAUCAGUCAUCGUUAAACCCGUUCAUUGCCGUGUUCCUCCACGCCAUUGCGGCGGAUAGCUUGGAGGAUCUCUGCCUGCUAGACGACGUCGUGGCGGUUUUGGAAAAGAUUUCUAUCGUGUCAAACAGCUGCCAAGACCUGUUCAAGGUCUGUUCCACGUUCGCUCGCCUCGGCCGGGCCUUGGUAAUGAAUGAUGCAAGGUUGGAAAACCCAGAGGGAGGGCUGCAACUCUCCAAUGACCCCAACUCAGGUCCUCAAUCUGGGCUGGAGACCUUUGAGGGGAUUUUUGGAGAGGGCAUGCUGGAACAGCUUUCGAACUACGAGUCUUACAACUUCUCGGCUCUCCUAGGUAACUGGACCAACGAUGAGAUGGGAGUUGUGGAUGAAGCGCAAAAGUAG